GAGUUGUACCGACUCAGUCUUUUCAAGCGUUCGGACGCGGAGUGCCGCAAGGUACCAUACUAGAAUCGGCCAUAUAGACAUUAUAUGAAAUUGAAAACUGAUGUAAAGUGAAAGUGAUAGACAGUUCUCUAUGUGUUUUCUGGAUGUGUCUACAGAGGGAUGACGAUGGUUACAACUUAGAUGAAACGAGACCAAUGGUGCAAUUACCUCUACUGGGUCCGGAGCCGGCACUGAAUACAAACCCAGGUGGCGCUGCGAAGCCGCCGCUCCUCAACUCUUUCGAGCUGGACCGCUGUCUGGACCGAGAGGAGUCCGGCCGGUGGGGUGGAGCGGGCGAGGCGGCGCGGCGGCGCCGGCGCAGCUCGCCGCCGCGCCGCGCCUCCCCUACCCGCGACAACAAUGAGCCCCUUUCGCUUGCACGGGCUUCAGCCCCAACAUCACCCACCGGUGGUGGGUCAACCCACUCCAGUCCAGCCCCAAUCUCGCCGACGGGCAGUGUGGGGGCAGUGGCCAGUGGAGCCCGCUCCCCUCUUCCGAUGGUGGCCCCAGACCUGCUUGCCAUGCAACUAUUGGAUCAGCAUUCCCAGCUCCAGGCACUAAUGAAGCAACGCUUGUUUCAUCAGCAUCACAUGCAGAAGCAGCACAUGUCAUCAGAAGCUGCUAAACGGCAGCUGGAACAAUCGCGGCUGCAGGAUCAGAUUAAUCUGAAUCUUCUGUCGCAAUCGCAUCUCCCACCACCUGACACUUCACCUGGUUCUCUACAGCAGCAAUUGGGUGCCCAGCAGCAGCAGUUAGUGCAGCAGUUGCAAGCGGUACAGCGCCAGUAUCUCAUGCACGGACCGCUGUCUGUACCACCGAAUGCUCCUCCAGGACUGAUGCUGUGGGGAAGUGAAAUGGAAGAACAUCCUCUUUUUGGACGAGGAGUCUGCAAAUGGCCCGGUUGCGAUGCUCUCGCUGAAGACUACCAGGCUUUUGUCAAGCAUUUAGAAGCAGCGCACACCCUAGACGACCGAUCUGCAGCACAGGCCCGCGUACAGAUGCAAGUUGUGGCCCAACUCGAGCUGCAACUGCGUCGCGAGCGCGACCGCCUGGCUGCCAUGAUGAGACACCUGCAUGCUGCAAGAGAUACUUCUCAUCAUGCUGCUAAACAUCCUCAUGGAGCUCCCAGCGAAGGUGCAUCUCCAGGACCUGUUCGACGUCGAGUGUCUGAUAAAUCUGGUGUCGCUAUAGCCGGAGAGAUUCAACGCAAUCGCGAAUUCUACAAAUCAGCUGACGUGCGGCCUCCAUUCACAUACGCUUCAUUGAUUCGACAGGCUAUAAUUGAAUCUCCGGACAAGCAGCUCACACUGAACGAGAUUUACAACUGGUUCCAGACCACGUUCUGCUACUUCAGACGCAAUGCCGCUACAUGGAAGAAUGCAGUGCGUCACAACCUGUCGCUGCACAAAUGCUUCAUGAGAGUGGAGAACGUCAAGGGAGCCGUCUGGACUGUGGACGAAGUGGAGUUCUACAAACGCCGGCCACAGAGAGCUGCGCACGCGCCGCCGCCGCCCGUGCACGCGGGGUUCAUGGGAGCUCAAAGUCCACCAAUGAUGACUAGCCCACAUGGUUACAGCGAGGCUUUGAAACGUAACCUUCAGGGUAUGAUGGAAGACUGCAACCUGUCAUAUAUGACUGGCGAAGAUCACAUGAUGCAAGGGAAUGAUGACUAUCCUUCUUCGCACGACGAUUACAGCCGACCUCCCAUGAUGAAUGGAUAUGGCAGCAGCAGUUCUUCGCACGAUGUGAAAGCCGAGGAUCUGAGCGCCAGCGAGGCCCAAGACAUCAAGCCGAACAUAUACGCUCUCAAGAACGAGAUGCAGGCUUCUGAUUAUUCCAACAAAGGAGACUACUCGAGUUCUAAUAAGGAGUCUUCAAGCAAUCGCUCUGGGGAGACCAGCCCGUACGAUGACUACCCUCGCUCCGAGGACAGAUAUCGUGCAUCUCUUUCACACAUCAAGGACGAGGCCGAGAACCUCUCCAUCAACGAGCAAAGAUCUGACAAAUAAACAAAAUAUGAUUGUGUAUUUCCCACUUAUACACAAAUGUGCAACGGGUACCAUUGUGUAUGAAAAGGAUGUGACAGUGUGUAUAAAGAAUUCGUGUAUUUGACAGAGAGUUUAAAGUGGAAUUAUAGUUCUUGUGGUAAUCGUACUUACGGACUUUUCGCGUAUAUUUAUGUUAGAAUUACGAUUAUAAUAUCACAGUAUGUAAUACAAGUUUAUAUUUACGGGUGUAGAAUCUAUUCCAAGUUAUUAGUGGUGUUAAAAGUGUAAUGU